GUUUCAGAAAGCGCACAUGAUCGACAAGAAAGUGAAGACUGCGUUGGAAACAGCUCCGCCCAUACAGGACACAGAACUCACGGAAAUGCCCGACAACCUUUUCGAGGCGAACCUGGACCUUUCCGACAUUUCUUCAAUCAUAAACAACAAGGCGGCACUAUCAAACGCUCCACCGCCACCGGAAAUACGUAAGAGCCAGUGCAUUGUGGGAGAGACUUCCAUCUCCAUCCGGUGGCACGUGGCUGACCCCUCCUUCUAUAAGGACUAUCAGGUACAAUACUCCACCUUACCGGACCUCGUACGUAGCACGUCUCGUACCCAGGAGCGGCUGGCGGUGUUAGAGUCUCUGUCCCCGGGCACUACGUACACCUGUACGGUACGCGCCAGAGACAAGGACGGGACGAUCCACUGCAGCAAACCUGUGGACUUCAAAACUAAGGAACCAGUCGCUAGAGUAGUUAAAGCUACGUCAGAAGCUACGUCAUCUUCGGCUGCUCGGCUUGCAUCGUCAAGCAAAGCUACGUCAUCUUCGGCUGCUCGGCUCGCGUCGGCAAGCAAAGCUACGUCAUCUUCGGCUGUUAAGCAUGCUUCGUCGAGCGAAAAAGUGGUGUCCUCUUCGGAUGCUCGGCAAUCUUCGACAAGCGAAGCUACGCCAUCUUUGGCUGCUCGGCUUGCUUCGUCAAGCGAUGCUACGUCAUCUUCGGCUGCUCGGCUUGCUGCGUCAAGCAAAGCUACGUCAUCUUCGGAUGCUCGGCAAUCUUCGCCAAGCGAAGCUACGCGAUCUUCGGCUGCUCGGCUUGCUUCGUCAAACGAAGCUAUGUCAUCUUCGGCUGCUCGGCUUGCUUCGUCAAGCGAUGGUAGCUCGGCGUCACAGCCAGUUCCUACGCCUGUAGAAAACGACGCCAAAUUGCCAAACGAAGAGAAGCCUGAGAACAAGGUUGAAAAUCAUUCGUCGACCAAAGAGAAACGAUCCUCUCGCGUCAUGGAUUUGGUGGAUGGAUUUGAAAAUCAGACUAUUGUGAAUGAACCCACUGAGAAUGAGGAAUCUACAAAAGAUGUCAACGUUCAGAAAGUAUCAACAACGUCUGUCAAACGUCAAUCAUCAGCCAGGCGAACUUCUAGUCGGCGCGAGGAAGCUCCAGAACCCACCCCUCCCAAAAAGGUGGAACCUCCCAAACCGGCCCCGUCUACAAAAGUGGAACAGCCCAAACAGACCCCUCCAGCUAUUCCAGCAAGGACGAGGUCGUUUUCAAAGCCGCCCCCUCCCCAAAGGACUAUGUCCCCGCCCCUUAAGGAAGACGUCCACAAACCCCCUCCUGCUCCAAGACAUCCGGAUCCCCCUCAGGAAACGGAAAUCAGGAACAAAACGGAACCUAAAGUGGUCGCUGAGGAUCCCAACGCCCCGGCCAGAGUGACGUCGUUCCUGACGGACCUGGAAGUGAGGGGACUCGCGGACGCCAAGUUCACGUGCGCCAUCACGAAGCUCGCCAGCGAAGUGCAGGCCAAAUGGUCGUGUGACGACACCGUGAUUACACCAAGUUCAAAGUACGAGAUGACGCAGGAAGGGAAGACCUUGACCCUGACCGUGCGCAACGUGCAGUCAUCUGACACCGGGGAGUACGCGUGUGAAGUCGACGACAGCAAAACAUGUGCACAGCUCUCCAUAAAAGAACCGGCGCUACCAGUCAUCAACAUCCAGAAGUGUGAGGUGGAGGACAACGCAAUCAUCGUCAGGUGGAGUGUACCGGAGGACGAGAAGUACGACAAUUUCCAGCUGCUGUAUUCGAAGUCAUUCCAGAGUUCGGGGAACCGGUUUUUGGAAAGCUCCAUCUUCAAAACAGUGAACAACAUCCAGGAAACUGAGUGUAAAGUGCUUGGUCUGUUUCCAGACUCUCACUACAGGUUCUACGUACGUGCAACUACAACAUGGGGGCUCAGUCAGCGGAGCACUGGGGUGCUCCUUAGGACACUGAAGAAAGUACCGCCGCCGUCAUUCUAUAGGCAGCUCCUUGGUCUAUCCGUCUCCGAGAAAGAGACGGCGAGAUUCUCGUGUGAACUCUCGAGACCUGUAGCUGUCAGGUGGCUCAAGGACGAUCAACCUUUGCCGGAGGAUCCACGCUUUAAGAUCGAAGUUGAUCGCAGAAAACACGUCCUGACAAUCAACGACGUCACAGCAGCUGACGCGGGAGAGUACACUUGUGACACGGGGAGGAGCAGGUCAUCAGCCUCGCUGAAGGUCAAAGCCGAACCAGCCUCAUUCGUAAAGCCGCUUAAGGACGUAGAAGUCGUGCGUCACGGCAAGGCGACGCUCGAAUGCGAGGUGUCCAGGCAGGACGUCAAAGUCCGCUGGCUCAAGAGCGGCAUGGACGUCCAACAGAGCAGCAAGUACGACCUGAAACAGAAUGGCGGCCUCCAUCAGCUGACCAUCAGUGACGUCAGGCUGGAUGACGCGGCGGAGUACGCAUGCGAAGUGGUGCAAGGCGACAACAGCGCCCCCGCCGUCAGAAGUACAGCCAAACUGAAGAUCAGAGGUACGCGCUCUAUUUGGACCCAAUACGACGGCGGGAUCCAGUUUCAGAAGAUUCUCCGUGACGAAGAGGUGUUCUCCAAGGAGACGGCGACGUUCGAGUGCCAGCUGUCCGCUCCUAAAGCCGAGGUGAAGUGGUUACGGAACAGCGUACAGAUCCACUGCAGCGCAAAGUACAAAAUAGAGGAGGACGGCGUCACACACAGGUUGAUCGUAAACAACUGUGGUAAAGAGGACGUGGCUGAAUACACGUGUCAGUGUGGCAGCAACAAAACUACUGCUAGUCUGAGAGUAAAAGAAUCCCAAGGCCCGGAAAUCCUGUCGGACAAGUGUAAGAUAGAAAGCGACUCCAUCACCCUGUACUGGACCACUCCUACCCUCAGCACGUUCAGAACGUACCAGGUUCUGUAUGCCACCAGUUUCGGCCCUGCAGUCACCGACAACUACAACUACCAGACUCUAUCCGACAUCAGUACGACCUUCUGCCGAAUCCCAGCCCUGGAGGCCGACACGACGUACAAGUUUUACGUCCGAGGGGUGACGAAGGACGGCAUCAGUCGCCCGAGCAGAGGCGUCGAACUCACGACCAAGCCCGAAGGAAGGCGGAGCCGCUUGCGGACCCGGGCCAGAAGCGAGGAGAACCUGUCUCGUGCGCUCUCUCCUUCCACUCAGAAAAAACGACUUUCCUUCAACUUCAAAGACAUCAUAAGUGACAGCGCACCAGGACUUACACGAAAAGAGCCAGGAAUCAACAUGUCGGACGUUCUGAGGAACUACGUGUCUCCGUUCUUUAAGAAGGGACUGGUCAGUACCAUGGUCAAGGUGGGGUCCGAAGUGCGGCUGGAGUGUACCAUUGGAGGGUUCCCCAACCCUAUGGUCAUCUGGGAGAAGGACGGCCGUGAGGUCAGGCAGGACUAUCGCCACAAACUCAUCCGGGACAGUGAGGAGGAAUUCACGCUAGUGAUCUUCCGCGUCCGCGCAGAGGACUCUGGGACAUACGAAGUGGUGGCCAGGAACGAGGCUGGCGAGCGGCGCAGUUCGGCCACCCUGGGGGUCACUGACCUCGAGUCCGUCAACGAGGUGGGGAGUUCUCCCGUGCCCCCUCCCCGCCGGAGGGGGAGGAUCAGUGCGCCCAUCUUCGGGGAGGUUCGGGAGAAGGUGGGGCACUUCGAGCGGGGGGCGAAGAGGUACGAGAGCUUCCGAGAGCGCCGACAGCCACCGCCGCCCGAGGUCUCCGAGUCCAACCUACGCAGGUCACAGAGUACAGAGAUGCUGUCCCACCAUCAGCGGUCCAAAGUGAGCGCUCCACUCUCCUGGCUCAAGAAGCAGCUCCGGUCCUCUCUAGCCGACGACGAUCUUAAAGAGGAGAAAGAAGAACGCGAAUCAAAGCCGAGCAAGGCACGAAGCUUCUUCGGCCACCUUAGGAAGACACACAGUACCAGCCGAUUCUAACCGAGGAGCU